AAACAGGAGUUUAGUCGACAAAAAGCCCUCAAACUGUUCCUUUUUGAUGAGCUUUUUUACCCAACAUAUAUGGGUUGUGUUGGCUGGGUAAUGGCCAAAUCUCGAUCAUCCAAGAGAAUUCCACGCACUGUAACUUGUACGACAAGAAGCACUUCGUCCACAACACUUUGAUCAUCGCGAUCAAGUUUUCCUGCGCGUCCAAAUACAUGGCCACCGCGGAUGAUCUUGGCCAGCUGUACAUCUGGUACUGGAACGCUGGUCACCUUACGCCGAUUACGUGUUGGGCCAGCACGAUGUGUGCCUUCUUCGACUGGCAUCCGUGGCGCGAGGACGAGAUCGUUAUCGGUGAGUCUGUGGUGACUGGUGCCACACAAAAUCCCUGUGCGCUCUCAAAAACAGGAUGUUUAAUUUUAUUAGCCGACAGCGAACCGAUCAUGAUCGCACUGUACCACGUACCGAGCCGCGAGGUGGUGUCGUACUAUCGACGGCAGGACUGCGAUUGUAUCGUGACGACGCUUUCGUUCAAUAAGAUUUCCGGCGAGCUGGUCGUGUGCUAUUCCUUCACGGAUAUGAACAAGCAGCCCGAAAUACUUGUGCUCGCCUCGAUGGACCGUGUGGUGGAUGUGAUGCGCAAUCACGAUGACGUCAUCGUACAUCUCCUGUGGAGCCCGGAUGGCAAACAGCUCGCGAGUGUAGGAUAUGAUGAAACGCUCACGAUUUGGAACUUCUUCGGCAUCUCACCGACGAACGAAUGCAAAAGAAGGAAACUGCAAUGUGAACCGAUGGCCAGUAGCGGUAGCUCACGGGAUGGUUCCGUUGCCGGUGGGCUAGCAGGUGGUCGGGAUGUAUCGCGCAUCCACUCCAACCGUAACAAAGAAGCCACCUAUCGUGAUCUGGCCUCGAGUUUUCUUUUCAAGGCAAUGCGCUGACGAAGGAGCCUUCGUAGUUCCUGCCAAAGCCUUGCAAAGUUCCGUAGAAGUGAACAGUCAUCGAAUGCGAAUAGGUAAUUAAAUUAGAGACAUAAAUAAUUGCAGAAAGCAGAGCGAAAUGAAGACAAGCCUUUUCCACCUACACUUUACGGGCAGGAGAUAAGAAAAUGGAAGUCUUUGGAUGGAGCUCUGUUGCCCAAGGAGGAACUGCGCAAUCCACUCCGGGCAGUGAAUUGAUCGUUUGAUAUCGACUGUGUCGUUAAUGGUUGCUGAACUCGAUAUGUUGCUGUUUUACAUUUGUACUGUACAUUUAUGUUCUUUCCAGAUGAAUGUUUCCCUGUGAAGAACUUUAUAAAAAAGUAAAAUAAAAAUUUGUUUUAAUUAAAUUUUUAACUUGAU